UCAUGGAUACAUAGCAGUUAUUUAACCAACGUGCGCACGCGGCAAGGUCCAGGAUAACAUCCGUGGCGAUGACGGGCGCCUGGUUACGUAUCGCCGCUCCCAUCAGUCCGUCACGGUCGUAUUAAAGCUACGCGUAAGCUCGCCACCGGCUGAUAGUUGUGAGUGGACCUGCUCGCGUCUCUGGAGUGACCUCUGUUCACGACAAGUGGGGCGACGGGGAGGUGACUGAAGCUCACAGAAACCGCCCGCGCAUUCGCUGCAGCCAUGGUGUUUAUGCAGGGCUACUGUGAAGCCAAUUCCUCCAUCUCUCGCACCUGGGUGGAUGAAGGCAUCUCCCCCUGCUUCUACUUCACGCUGGUCCCCUCCGUCCUGCUCACCAUCUCCUUCUUCCUCGGCACCAUCCACUGCAUAUUCUACCAGAAAUAUGGCACCCCGAUGGAGCCCAAGUUCAUCCCACGCUCCCGCCUCUACGGCUUCCAGCAGGCCGUCUCCAUCCUCCUGCUGGUCCAGUUCGUGGGUGGGGUGGUGUGGCGGGCUGCCGACGGAGGAGAGCUCCCGGGCUAUGUGGUGCUGUACGGCUGCUUCUCUGCGCUGGGCUGGGCGUGGGCUAUCGCCCUGCUCAGGGUGGAGAGACGCCGGGCCCUGCUGAUGGACCGGACCAGGGGCCACAGCGUGGCCCUGCUGCUGUUCUGGGCCGUGGCGUUCUCAGCGGAGAACUUGGCCUUCAUCUCCUGGUACAGUCCGCACUGGUGGUGGGGCCUGGAGAACCAACAGCAGCAGGUGCAGUUCGCCCUGUGGCUGAUGCGCUACAUUGGCACCGGGCUGCUCUUCUUCAUCGGUCUCAAAGCUCCCGGGUUGCCGCGGAAACCGUACAUACUGCUGAUAAAUGAAGACGAACGGGACGUGGAGGACACCGGACAGAGCCUUUUGGGCGAAACGGAAGAGAACCGGUCCACCUGGCAGGGUUUCAGUAAGAAAGUCCGCGUGCUCCUCCCCUACAUGUGGCCCCGGGGCAACAUCUUCCUCCAGCUCUUGGUCCUCUUCUGUUUGACGCUGCUGGCAGUCGAGAGAGUGAUCAACGUCUUUGUGCCCAUUUACUACAAGAAUAUUGUGAACGAGCUCACUGACGGCAGCAGCUGGCGCUCUCUGUCUACAACCGUGUGCAUUUACGUCCUGCUCAAGUUCCUGCAGGGCGGCGGCUCAGGCGCGUCGGGUUUCGUCAGUAACCUGCGCUCUUUCCUGUGGAUCCGCGUGCAGCAGUUCACCAACCGCGUGGUCCAGGUGCGUCUGUUCAGCCACCUGCACUCGCUGUCCCUCCGCUGGCACCUGGGCCGCAAAACCGGCGACGUGCUGCGGAGCAUCGACCGCGGCACCUCGUCCAUUAACAGCCUGCUCAGCUACAUCGUGUUCAGCAUCAUCCCAACCAUGGCGGACAUUGUCAUCUCGAUCAUCUACUUCAUCACCUAUUUCAACGCCUGGUUCGGCCUCAUCAUCUUCACCUGCAUGGCCCUGUACCUCACUCUGACCAUCAUCAUCACCGAAUGGAGAACCAAGUACAGACGAGACAUGAAUCUGCAGGACAACAAUACCAAGUCCAAGGCUGUGGACUCCUUGUUGAACUUUGAGACGGUGAAGUACUACAAUGCAGAGAACUACGAGGUCGGGCGUUUCGAGGACGCCAUCUUAAAAUAUCAGGUGUCUGAGUGGAAGACCCAGGCGUCCCUGGCCUUCCUCAACCAAACGCAGAACAUCGUCAUCGGAUCGGGCCUGCUGGCCGGCUCCCUGCUCUGUGCCUACUUUGUGACCGAAGGAAAGUUCAAGAUUGGAGAUUUUGUUCUUUUUGGUACCUACAUCAUCCAAUUGUACACCCCCCUCAACUGGUUUGGUACCUACUACAGAAUGAUCCAGAAUUCUUUCAUUGACAUGGAGAGCAUGUUCAAACUGUUCGAGGAGGACGAAGAGGUGAAAGAUGAAGUCAACGCCGGGAGUCUUCAGUACAAACGGGGAACAGUGGAGUUUGAAAACGUUUACUUCAGCUACGUUAAUGGCAAGGAGAUUCUCAGGGAUGUUUCCUUCACUGUACUUCCAGGACAGACAUGUGCCCUGGUGGGACCAUCCGGUUCUGGGAAGAGCACCAUCAUACGACUGCUCUUCCGUUUCUAUGACGUUCAGGGAGGCUCCAUCAGCAUCGACGGGCAGGAUAUAUCAAAGGUGAAGCAGAGAUCUCUGCGCGCGCACAUCGGCGUGGUUCCCCAGGAUACCGUGCUUUUCAACAACACCAUCCGGGAUAACAUCCGCUACGGCCGCAUCUCCGCCAGCGACCAGGAGGUGGAGGAGGCCGCUGUGGCUGCCGACAUACACGAUAAAAUCAUGACCUUCCCCGAAGGUUACGAUACGCAGGUGGGGGAAAGAGGUCUGAAGCUGAGUGGAGGGGAAAAGCAACGAGUGGCUAUCGCCAGAACUAUCCUCAAAGCACCACAGAUCAUCCUGCUGGAUGAGGCCACGUCUGCCCUCGACACGCAGACCGAACGCAACAUCCAGGCCUCUCUGGCUAAAAUCUGUGUCAACCGCACAACAGUUGUCGUCGCUCACAGGUUGUCCACCAUCAUCGGAGCCGACCAGAUUCUGGUGAUCAGUGACUGCCGUAUCGCCGAGCGAGGACGACACGAGGAACUGCUCGCCAAGGGAGGCUUGUACAGGGACAUGUGGCUGAGGCAGCAGCAGGCCCACGACACGGAUUCCUCGUCAGACACGGAAGCCAAAGACCUCAAGUCUGAGAAACUGCAGCCGCCGUCCACCGCCUCAGGCCCUCACGACCACUGAAUGUAUUUGUGUUGUGUCGGGGUAAGAGAACUCUAGUUGUUGUUGUUUUUACUGAAACUGAAUGUGCAACAGCAGGUCAUGCAGAACUGAGGAGGCACGGACGAUGUGGUCAAGUUCAAAUGUACCACAAGACCUUAGUUUUUAGAGGUACUUGUUGUAAAUAUGGCCAUGGUUAUAUGUUGGGGCAAACAGAUCAAAUGAUUACCACGUUAUAAAAAAGGACAUUUGUGUUUGCUUGUCUUUUUGUUUUGAGGAUAUUAUUAUUUUAGAAACUACUCUUUCCAACUGUAUCCUUUACUUUUCAUGUUCAAAGUUGACAAUCAUUAAUUGAUUGCAUUAACUUAAUUGAUGAUCUGAAGUUGUUAAAGGGUACAAUGGGGGGACAUGCUAAAAAUGAGGGAAUAAAAAACACUCCGUGGCGAAUGACUCUGUUCUCCACUACUUUAUUUCAUAUGAAAAUAUGAGGGAUUUUAUCCAGCUCUGCUUUUGUUUUUUAAAGUUUUCAAUGGCCAAUUUUUCAGUUCUGAUAUUUAAAUUAUACAAAGUCCUGAAAAUACUUGUAUUUUUAUCAUGUAAGCGUCUUUAUAACUGCACUGAGGUAAAGUGGGGUGAAUACACAAAAAAUAAAGGUUUGUGCAUUUUU